AUGGCCCCGUAUGAGGCACUAUAUGGGCAUAUAUGCAGGUCCCUGAUUGGUUGGUUUGAAGUAGGUGAAGCAGCCUUGAGUGGGCCAGAUUUAUUUCAUGAGACUAUGGAGAAAGUUCAGCUCAUCCGAGAUAGACUAAAAAGAGCUCAGAGUCGUCAGAAGUCCUAUGCAGAUGUGAUGAGAAGGGAUUUAGAGUUCAAAAUUGAUGAUUGGGUUUUCCUGAAGGUGUCACUUAUGAAGGUGGUGGUGAGAUUUGGCAAGAAAGAGAAGCUCAGUCCUAGAUAUGUAGGUUCUUACAGAAUCCUGAAAAGGGUUGGUAAUGUGGCUUAUAAGUUAGAGUUGCGAGUAGAACUAGCAGCGGUUGAGCAAAGGCAAAAAGGACCUGCUCCAUCAUCUGCUAGAGCACAUGCACCCAGAUACAGAGGUGAACAUAAAGGCCAGAAUUUGAAGGACUUCAAGGCUAGACCAGCACAAUCUUCAGGUAGUGUGGCACAAGGAGGCAGUUUGAUUCCUCAUAAAGAGNUUCGUGAAGGAGUGCCUAAGAACAGGCAAGGUAGUGGAAAUCUGGGCAAUAUGGCCCAAUCUUCAUCAACUGCUCCCCCAGACAGGGUGGCACCUAGAGGAGAUACUUCUAGUACCGGUUUGACUUUACCAGAAGAAUGGCAAAGUUAUAGAUUAUGCCUCAAGACAGUUGAAGGUUCAUGA